AUGAAUGCGUACCAACCCAUCGUGAAGCCGGAAGGCAAGAGACUCAGGCGCAAGUUACAGAAAAUCGGUAGUCCACAUCGCAAUUCUCAGGGAACUCCGGAAACCACCCAAAGAAACCAGGCGAAUGCUGGGCGCGCGGGAACUCCUUGUCCUUACUCGCGGACGUCAAGAUCCAACAAUGUCGACGCAGAUGGGACGUCACUACAACCACAACUGUUACCGCCUGAUCUCAGCGACCCCAAAUGGCUUGAUUUUGUUCGGAAGAGCGCAUACAUCGGCAAUGAAUCCGACACUUUACGUUUGCGGGCCAAAGAGUCGCCUCCGCGGCGGAUGGAGGUCAUACCGGAGGUGAUUCCCGAGCUUGCGCAUCUGAGCAUCCAUAACGAGGAUCAAUCGCGCAAGUCUUCUGACAAUUCCUUCACGGAAACCGUGUAUUACUCCUCCAGCUCAACGCCUGUAUCUACCAUUUCGAUGCGACGCUACGCAAAGACGCCCGUCUUUCGUAUCGGCCAACUAGAGGACGUUUCGUCACAACGUCCGCUCAAGCCACACAAGGUACCAAGCGUGGAACUCAUCGCAGAGUCAUACCGGGCAUUACUGGAUUCGCGUUGCUCUGUAUUCUCGGACAAAUAUAUGACACCAAAAUCUUAUGAAGAGCAGACUAGACCGGACUCGAGGCGACAACGCCGCGGUGAUGACGUGACACCAGACGCUGCGCUCGAGGACCCAGCGACACCAAAGUCGAACAUGGGAUCACCGACAUCGUCUGACGACGGCACUUUAAUCGGAUUUGAGGAGGACGCCAUCUACUUCAAGCCAUCUCCCUCCUCCUCGCCAUUACGGCAGGACUCCCGCCGGUCAUCCAGGAGACCCUUGUCCGUCGCCACAUUGGACAACCCCGGUCUGGGUAUAUGCGUCGACCUUCUGACCAGGGAGUUGUCUUCAGCGGUUAGCGGAAAUCCACUGCGGCCAAGCGACGAGACGUCCGCGCUGCAAAUAUGGGUCAUGAUCGAGGCAUAUGAGAGGCUGCAUGAUAAAAUUAAAGAUAUGGGACUCGAUGCACCACAGGCCAAUUCUAUGGAAGCAAUGUUUGACACCUGGUUAAGGGGGCUUUACGCGGUUCAUGAUAAGAUGACGGGGAAUGAUAAGCAGGGGAGUGAUAGUGAGAGUGAUUAUGGGGAUGCUCAAAGCUUUAAAAACGAGGUUUUGAUACCAUGA